AUGUUUACUCCUAUCCUUGUUACUUUUUCUCUUUUCUUCACUGUUGUUUUCAACACACCCAUUCCUAAAUCUAUUGAAAGUGGAGUUGAUUACGAAUGGCUCGGCGGUGGUUUCGAAGGUGAUAUGAUCUUUCAUGAUGGAUUUGAUCCAACUAUCGAAUCAACGAGCAGAGGUGUAGCCAUCUGGGGACCACGUCGUUGGUCAAAAAAUACUGUUCCUUAUGAUCUUUCGUUGAUUAUAAAUGCUGGACAUCGUAAAAUAAUCGAAGAUGCGAUGGCAACACUGACCCGUAUAACUAGUUCACCUGUAACUGGCAAAGCGUGUAUUACUUUCCGACCUAAAUUACCAAACGAAAGAAAUAUUCUCAAAGUGAACUAUGGAACUGGUUGUAGUGCGACAGUCGGCUUUUCAUACGCUCCAAACGAAAUGUCUCUUGCUUAUCCUGGAUGUUUUCACUCAGGUAUUAUCCAACAUGAACUUAUGCAUGUUAUUGGUCAGUAUCGAACAGAAAGUUUCUAUCAUGAACAAUCACGACCCGAUCGUGAUUUAUACGUCGAUGUGAAGCUUGCCAAUGUCGAAAAAGGACACGAACAUAACUUCAACAAAUAUCGAUGGGGUAACAUGGUAUUGAAUCAAAACACAACCUACGACUAUGAGAGUAUCAUGCAUUAUGGUGCCAAUUAUUUCAGUAGCAAUGGACAACCAACAAUGACUCCAAAACAACCAGGUGCAAGAAUCGGUCAACGAGAUCGUCUUAGCGCAAUUGAUAUUGCUGAGAUUCGUUCGUUCUAUAGCUGCUCAGAUUAA